AUGUUCACAUCAUCAUUACCUAGACGGCUCGCUAUUGCUAGCUGUGUCCUUGGUUGUCUUGCCGAGGCCCAGCUCAAACUGGAUAACAGAGAUGAUAUCAUUCAGACUGCCAAAACAGUAGCCCACGACCUUAUGCUUCUGUACCACGGCAACGAGUACGGCCAAACUCCUGGUCUACUCCCCGGGCCCCCAGCCUCGGGCCUCGGCCCCUACUACUGGUGGCAAGCUGGUGCUCUUAUGGGAACACUCAUCGAUUACUGGAAGUUCACGGGCGACAGUACCUACAACGACAUAGUCAUGCAAGGCAUGUUGCAUCAAGUCGGCGAGGAUCAAGACUACAUGCCGCGGAACCAAACCCUUUCCCUCGGCAACGACGACCAAGGCUUCUGGGGUCUUUCUGCUUUGCUAGCCGCAGAGAACAAGUUUCCCGAUCCACCCGCCGACAAGCCCCAAUGGUUGGCUCUUGCGCAAGCUGUUUGGAAUACGCAGGCGAAUCCGGAUCGAUAUGACGGGACGUGCAAUGGUGGUUUGCGGUGGCAGAUUCCCCCUACGAACCAAGGAUACGACUACAAGAACACCAUAUCUAAUGGAGUCUUCUUCAAUAUGGGGGCCAGGCUCGCCCGGUAUACCCAAAACGACUCCUACGCUGUGCGGGCCGAAAAGGCAUGGGACUGGCUCUGGGGCGUCCAGUUCAUUGAUCACCAAACCUGGGCUGUCUACGACGGUGCAAACGUCAAGGAGAACUGUAGCAAUGUUGUCAAACCUCAGUACUCGUACAACGCUGCCAUCCUCGCUCAAGGCGCUGCCUUUAUGUACAACUAUACAAACGCGGACACCAAGUGGAAAACCCGCCUCGACAACCUCCUGGGCCCCCUCCUCAAAACCUUCUUCCCCAACGGCAUCGCAUACGAAUUGCCCUGCGAAGGGAAAACCGGCAAAGGAACAUGCACGCCCGAUAUGCUAUCAUAUAAAGGUUACGUUCACCGCUGGCUAGCCGUCGUGACACAAAUCGCGCCCUAUACCAAGGAUAACAUCAUGCCGAUACUAAAGUCAUCUGCCCAAGCAGCCGUGAAGCAGUGCACUGGCGGAACCAGCGGUCACCAGUGCGGAUUCUACUGGGGUCUCGGAAGAUUUGUAGAUCCCAGUGUCGACAGAACUACUGGUGCGGGAGAGGAGAUGGAUGUUUUGGCUGCUGUUUCCAGUUUGCUUAUAGAAGAUGUGACGGCGCCUGUCACCAAUUCAACGGGUGGUACAUCCAAGGGCAAUCCGAACGCCGGCGGGAAGGAUGAUGUGUUCCUCACACCAAAGUCGGUUACCUUGGCGGAUAAGGUAGGUGCCGGAAUCGUGACGGCGGUGUGGUUGAUUGCUGGUGGCGCCCUGUUUGCGUGGAUGAGUUUCUUUGACAAGGCGGGCUUCGACAUGCCGAUGCAACCGAGUGAGCUGCAGCCGAAUCUGCGCUGA